AGCCCAUGGCUGGGGACCCGGUGGACUGGACGGUCGUCGUCCUGACCUGCCAACACAAGGACAGUGUCUUGGCCUUCCAGAAGGAGCUUGAGAUCCGGAGGGAUCGGGGUUCCCUGGGCCGGCAGCCCAUCCUGCUCACCGUGGAAGACCCGAAGGCCCAGGUCGGCAGUGGGGGGGCCACCCUCAACGCCCUCUUGGUGGCGGCGGAGCACCUCUCGGCUCGAGCAGGCUGCACGGUGGUCACGUCUGAGGUCUUGCAAACAGCCUGGAUUCUCAUCCUGCACAUGGGGCAGGACUUCUUGUUUGACGACUGCAGCCGGGCCUUCGCCUGCCUUCCGCUGGAGGACCCCACGGCCCCCGUGGAGGCCCUCGUCUGCAACCUGGACAACCUCCUGGGCACCUCGAUGCGCCAGGUCUGCCAGGGUUCCCCCCCGGGCGUGUGGGUUUGCAGCACGGAUAUGUUCCUCUCUCUCCCUGCCGGGACAGAGAUGGACUGGCAGGGGUUCCAGGGAGCGAGAGCCAUUGCUAUCCCUGGAAGUGUCUCCUACGCCAGGCGGCACGGAGUCUACCUCACAGACACCCAGGGGGUCGUGCAAGACAUUCUGUACCAAAGCCCCGAGGAGCAGAUCCAGCGGUGCCUGAGGCCUGAUGGGAAGGUCCCACUGGUGUGCGGCCUCGUGUUCUUCUCUUCAGAUGUGGCCGAGCGGCUCCUGGCCCUCCACGUGAUCCCUCCGCUCAAUGCCUGCACGUAUAUGGGGCUAGAUUCGGGCGCCCCCGCCCUCCAGCUGUCGCUCUUCUUUGACGUCUUGCUGUGCAUGGCCCAGGGGGUGGGCAAAGAGGCCUUUGUCAACGGGCAGAGCCCCAGAGUGGGCCACGGAGAGGCCCAGGAGGUGGCAGCCACGCGGAGGAGCGCCCGGUCCGUGCUGUGGAAGGCGCUCCGUGGAGUGCCCCUCACCACAGUGUACAUCCCAGGCGGUUGCUACGACUACAUGACGGCGUCUGCCAGCGACCACAUCGGCCGCCUCGUGCCAGGCGGAGGCUCUGCCCACGGCCAGUCCUUCUGCAAAGUGGCCCAUUCCCGUGUGGCUGAGCCUCAGCUGCUGGACGCCGGCUGCUCGGUCACCAACAGCCUACUGGAGGGAGCCGUCACAGUUGGGCCGGGGAGCGUCAUCCAGCACUGCUCCUUGAAGGGCCCCCUGCAGAUCCGCUCUGGCUGCCUCCUGACUGGGCUGGACGUGGCGUCUUCCGUGGCCCUCCGGAGCUGCCCGCUCCAGGAUGUGGUGGUUCAGGGUCAUGCCAUCAGGUUGAAGGACUUCCGCUGCAAAGCAUUCACCCUGAGUGGGCGCCACGAUGACUGGCAGGCUCCGGCGGAGGGAAACGGCACCUUUCUGAACGAGCCGUGGGCCGCUUUGUUCCUGAGGACGGGGAAACGGAGGGAAGACCUGUGGAGCCCGGAGACCCCCGCCUGCAGCCGCUGCCUGAGGAACGCCCGCCUGUUCCCCGUGCUCCACGCUUCGGAGCCCCUGGGGCUGGGGGACCUCCUGUGGCUGCUUGGGCCCCCCGAGGCGGGGCGGCUGCUGCUGCUGCCACGCUGGCGCAGCGCCUGGCGCAUGUCCUGGGAGGAGCUGCGGGGCUGCUUGGACCAGGAGGGGGAGCUGGCCUCCCGCCGGGCCCUCUUCUUCCAGCAGGCCCAGAGCAAAGCCCGGCGUGUGCUGGAGGGGCGCCAGAGCCGGAGCCUCCUGCCCUUGCUCCGCUCGGCCGCCCUGGAGGGCUUCGCAGAGGCCAUGCUGGAAACGCUGGACCAGGUGGUGUCGGAGGCCGGGGACCCUGGAGUGGCCGCCCGGGCCUUGGCCUGCAUCGCGGACCUCCUGGGCUGCCUGGCCCGAGGGCAAGGGGGGCUGCGGAGUGGCCCAGCCGCCAACGCCGCCUGGCUGCCUGCCUUCCGGCAUCUGGAGACAGGAAACAUCGCCGAGGGGGUGCGGGAGCUUGCCCUCGAGAGGAAGAAGCCGGAGCUGCUGGUUCGGGCUGCCCGGCACUACGAGGGCGCGGAGCAGAUCCUCAUCCGCCAGGCCGUGAUGUCUUCCUGCCAGUUCAUCCGCCUGGGGCCGGCCGAGAUGCCCCCUGUGGGCUGCUGGGUGAAGGUGGAGUGCCCGGCCCGCAUCGAUCUCUCUGGGGGCUGGAGCGACACCCCGCCCAUCACCUACGAACACGGGGGAGCGGUGGUGGACCUGGCCGUCUUGGUGGAUGGGCGGCGGCCGAUUGGCGCACAGGCCCGCCGCAUUGCGGAGCCUGAGCUGCGGCUGGUCAGCGCCAGCGGAGGCCUGGAGGGCGAGGUGGUGGUGGAGCUUGUGUGCCAGGAGCUGGAGGACCUGGCGGAUUCCUGCCAACCUCAUGCACCAGGGGCCUUGCUCAAAGCAGCUUUUAUUUGCACCCAAAUUGUGGAUCUCGCUUCCCAGAAGACCUUGCAGGAGCAGCUGAAGGAGCGUUUUGGAGGAGGCUUUGAGCUCCACACCUGGUCCCACCUGCCUCAUGGAUCAGGGCUGGGCACCAGCAGCAUCCUGGCAGGCGCUGUGAUGGCGGCCCUCUACGGGGCCUCCGGCCGCUCGGCCAGCGUGGAGUCCCUCAUCCAUGCGGUGCUCCACCUGGAGCAGGUCCUCACCACAGGUGGAGGGUGGCAGGACCAGGUGGGCGGCUUGGUCCCCGGCCUGAAGAUUGGCCGCUCAGAUGCCCGGCUGCCCCUGAAGGUGGACGUGGAGCCGAUUGCCGUCCCGGAGGGCUUCGUCCAGACCCUCAACCAGCACCUGCUCCUGCUGUACACGGGGAAGACACGCCUGGCGCGCAACCUCCUCCAGGACGUUCUCAGGAACUGGUACGCCAGGCUGCCCGCCGUUGUGCAGAACGCCAGCGCUCUUGUGGGCAAUGCGGAGGCCUGUGCCCAGGCCCUUCGAGAAGGCGACCUGGCUCUCCUGGGCAGCUGCUUGAACCGUUACUGGCUGCAGAAGAAGAAGAUGGCGCCCGGCUGCGAACCUCUGGCCGUCCGGCAUGUGAUGGAGGUGCUUAAGCCUUACGUCUAUGGGCAGAGCCUGGCCGGGGCAGGAGGGGGAGGCUUCCUCUGCCUCCUCACAAAGGCGCCGGGGAAGCAGGACGACCUGCGGAGGAUUCUGGCCGAAGCAGAGGGCCUGGAGAACUUGAGCAUCCACACGAUAGAGGUGGACACAGCGGGCUUCCAAAUGCAGUUGGUGGGGGAAGACUCCCCACAGGAGGGGCCGGCAGGAGCCUGGCCAAGUGUCCCAUCCACAGCCCUGAAUCAGAGGGAGGAUCCCCACCCAGGAGGCCUCCGGUGACCCAGGAGAAGGGGAACCGGCUGGCUGGGCUGGGCUGAACCGAGGGCAGCCCACACCUUCCAGUGGGAAACGCCGGCCUCAUAGGUGGACUCUGAGCUGCCAAGACUCCCAAGGCCAUAAGAAGAGCCCUCCGGAUGGGGCUGAGCCGGAGCUUCUCUGCUCUGCGGCCCCAGCUUGCAAAGAACCUGACCACAGGGCAGGAGAGGCGAGGGUGCAGGAGCCUCCUCCUCCUCCUCCUCCAUGUUCAGUCCAGGGGCCCGAGUUUCUGCCUUAUGACCACAAGGUGCCUUACAGAAUGAAGAAACACCAAAUCAAGUAAGAGGGAGGCAAAGCUGCCGUUCUUUCAAGAGCAAGAUCUGGCCCGGAGGGCAGUUUCAGACAUGGGCCAUUGGUUGGUCCACACAGUCCCAGGUGGUGGGGGUGGUGGUGGGGGCUGGCUCAGGUCAUUGUUUUUCUUAAAAGCUCACGUGGCUUCUGUCCUCAUGAGCAAAAAGGAAACAUCAGGGAUAGCGAGAUAGCCGCCGUCUCUCAGAGAAGCAGGGGGUGCGUCGCCCCAGCAUCCUCAAGGAAGCAGGGGGGAGCUCAAGACACCCCCAAGCAGGGCUAACGACUCAGAGCCCAGAACAGGAAGGGUCAGCCCUUUGUGUUGUCUCCCCACAAGGACUGGGCCCGGAAAAGGGAAAGACAAAUAGAGGCCUACUUUGAAAAGGA